AUGAGUUCCAAGCCAAAAUCCAUAGGGAUCAUCGGAGCUCCUUUCUCAAAGGGCCAGCCACGAGGUGGGGUGGAAGAAGGCCCUACAGUAUUGAGGAAGGCUGGUCUGCUUGAGAAACUUAAAGAACUAGAGUGUGAUGUGAAAGAUUAUGGGGCCCUGACCUUUGCUGAUGUCCCUAAUGACAGUCCCUUUCAAAUCGUGAAGAAUCCAAGGUCUGUGGGAAAAGCAAGUGAACAGCUGGCUGAUGUGGUGGCAGAAAUCAAGAGGAACGGAAGGACCAGUCUUGUACUGGGCGGAGACCACAGUUUGGCAAUUGGCAGCAUCUCUGGCCAUGCCAGGGUCCACCCAGAUCUCUGUGUCAUUUGGGUGGAUGCUCACACCGACAUCAACACUCCACUGACAACCACAACUGGGAACUUACAUGGACAACCUGUAUCUUUCCUCCUGAAGGAACUAAAGGGAAAGAUUCCCGAUGUCCCAGGAUUCUCCUGGGUGACUCCCUGCCUAUCUGCCAAAGAUAUUGUGUAUAUUGGCCUGAGAGACGUGGACCCUGGGGAACACUACAUUUUGAAAAUUCUGGGAAUUAAAUACUUUUCAAUGACUGAAGUGGAUAAACUGGGAAUUGGCAAGGUGAUGGAAGAAGCAUUCAGCUAUCUACUAGGAAGAAAGAAAAGGCCAAUUCAUUUGAGCUUUGAUGUUGAUGGACUGGACCCGUCUUUCACACCAGCUACUGGCACACCAGUCCAGGGAGGUCUGUCUUACAGAGAAGGUCUCUACAUCACAGAAGAAAUUUACAAAACAGGGCUACUGUCAGGAUUAGAUAUAAUGGAAGUGAAUCCAUCUCUGGGGAAGACACCAGAAGAAGUAACUCGGACAGUGAACACAGCAGUAGCAAUAACCUUGGCUUGCUUUGGAGCUGCUCGGGAGGGUAACCAUAAGCCUACUGAUUACCUUAACCCGCCUAAGUAA